AGGAAGGCUGCCAGGGAACUCCUUUCCUCCCAGGCGCUUUCAGAGACAACUAGAGGAGGAGGAGAGGAAGAGGAGGCGGUGUCGGACGGGGCGGGGGCGUGCCUGUGGCUAUCCAUUUACGGGUAACGGGAGCUGCCCGUUUCUAAGACGCAGCGUCGUCCUGGUGGGUCGGUGAUACAGCGGCGGUUGCUCGUGGGCGGAGGGGGAAGACGAUGGCCUGCGCCCAGAGCCCUUCCUUGGUCUCCUACGCCUUUCUGUUGCUCUUUCUUUUGCCGCCUGGAGGUGUCUGUGAAGAAUGUAAGGCAUACACAGAUUCUAAUGGACACUCAUAUUCAGAAAUAUCUUGUCCUGCUUUCUGCUGUGGAAGGUGCACCAGACGAUAUUGUUGCUCAGACUCAUUUCUAAAAUUAGAUGAAUAUGACCAACUUGAUUGUGCUUUACUGCUGUCAGGAAGAUCAGAUCCAGCUUUCAUGGCAAAUUCCCAGAUGUUCAAAUCAGAUAACUUUGAUGAUUGGAAUUCUUCUGGACCCAGAGGGACUGUUAUAGCUGUUGGAAUUUCAGUGUUCGUGCUGUUUGUAGUGACCACCAUUCUUUGCUUCACCUGUUCAUGUUGCUGCCUAUAUAAAGCAUGCCGAAGGCAACCACGGCCUGUUGUGACCACAACUACAGCCACCACUGUGGUUCAGGUGCCAUAUCCUCAGCAGCCUGGGAUACCACAAGGUUACCCUGGAGGAGUGUAUCAAGGAUAUAAUCCUCUGCCAGUGCAGCCACAGCAUGGAAUGGCCCCAGCACCCUACCCAACACAAUAUCCCCCGCCUUAUCCCACACAGCCUGCAGGACCACCAGCCUACAAUGAGACAAUGGCAGGUGCUGGAGUUCCUGUAAUUCAACCACCUUAUAACCCAGCAUAUAUGGAUCCUCCAAAGCACUAACAUUAAAUGGAUUUACUGCUGUGUUAUCUGUGCAGAAACCUCUUCCAACUGAAUCUGUAUUAUGACAUGUUUUCUUAAAAUACUACUAUGAUGCAUUUGGGGUGGAGGUGGGGGCGGGGCAGGGUGGAAACCCAACACAGUGUUGUUGUUUUUUAAAAAAUGCCUUGAGUGCCGCAAGAAAAAAAUAUCUUAUCACCUGGGGUUUCCCCCCCCCCGUACCUCAAUUAAAAUAGUUGAAAGAUUUUUUAAAAAAGAAAAAGGACAGCUUCAGAGUAGGAGUCAUGGCUAUGUCACACAAUAAUUUUGAGGUUUAGUAAAAGGGAGUGGCUGAUGAGAUGAGUAGUAACAUGCAUCGACUGCUACAAUUUUGCCUGUAAUUAUUAAUGUUUAGAAAAUUAGAGGUGUAUCCAACAAAAUCUGUAUAAAGUGGAUAUACUUUUUUCCAGUUAACUGUUAUUCAGUGAGAUUUAAGGAAGUAAGGGGGAAAGUCUUGUUUUCAUUCUUUAGCAAGAAAUUAUGCAAGUUGUUAAAUAACUUCACUGUAUUCAUGCAUCAGUCACAGUCAUUUGCUUCACGACUGUGCCAACCUUAAUUUCAACCAUGUCACUUUCAUAGGUAUUUCACCCUUUAUAUCUGAUAUUCCAGUUUCGUCUUUCUGCUAGAAAUAUACGGAAAGGAGGAUAUCUAAUCUGUCACUUCAUAAAAACCAUUGAAUGAGGUCAUUUAUAGUCUAAACAAGUGAGACCUGAAGUAAAAUGUUAGUGUAUUGGGUAUGCUUAGUCAAAGAGCAGGAUCUAAAUAAAUUGUUAUUGUAUUCUGUCAUUCUACCAGGAGUGCUCCUGUUGAGAGUGCCAGCCAGCCAUGCCCUCAUCCAUGUGUAAAGAAGCUCAAGCAUUGCACUCCCCCUCCCAUUUUUAUUUUUUCUUUCCCAUCUGACAGUCAGUAUUCAUGGGUACUCAUCCCUACUGGAUCAGACCAAAGGCUUGUAUAGCUCAGCAUGUUGUUCCCUGUGGCCAGCCAGAUGCCUGUGGGAAACCUACAAGCAGGACCAAAGCACAAUAGCAUUCUCCCACUCGUGCUAAUGCAGCAACUGGUAUUUUGAGGCAUAUUGUCUCUAAUACUAGAGGUAAUUUACACAUUGUGACUAGUUGCCAAUUUUAUUCUCCAUUAAUUUGUCUGAUCUCCUUUUAAAGCCUUUUUAAAAUUUAUUUUAUAUAGCUUAACAGUGCAAUCCUAUAUAUGUCUACCCCAGAGCAAGUCCCAUUGAGGCAAUACGUUGUAGGAGUGCACCUUAAAUAAACUGACGUUUGUUUUCAACUCUUGAUGCUUAGUGGAAGUAUGGUUCCAAAUACCAGUUGCUGGAAACCACAGGAAGGGAGUGCUCUUCUGCUCAGGUCCUGCUUGCAGGCUUACCAUAGGCAUCUGGUUGGCCACUGUGAGAAGAGGAUAAUGGACUAGGUGUGCCACUGGCCUGAUCCAGCAGGCUGUUUUAUAUUCUUAUGUGCCUGUCUGCAUUUGUCUCUUUUUUCCUGUCAUGAUUAUAUCUACUUUUUUGUCAUGAUUAUGUUGCACAAUGCUCUUAGAUGUAAUUUGGGACAUAUCAUCAUGUGAAGAAGCCUUCUAUUCUCCCCUUCAUUUCAUGCAUUAAUAUGUACUCUCCCCUAAAAUGUAUUUCGAAUGCACAAGGCGAGGCAGGAAGAAUAUGCUAAACAAAAAUAUUCUAACAAAAUUACCGCUGAAAUUGGAGAUACAGUUUUGUGUGUGAACAAAAAGGGAGACUGAGCUACAGAAUAAUAGAUAUCCAUAAUAAUAUAUGGUAUAAAAAUUCUUUCACUUUUGUUAGGCCAAUAUGAGAGUUUAGGAGUUUAGAAUGUAGGUUGAAAGGUAUCAGCAUCAUGAGUAAUUCCUGCUCCAUUAUGACCCAUAAAAUCUCAGCUUAGUCAGAUGACAUGAAUGUGUUACUAUGAACAGAAUUUGCUUAUUUACUUAUGUAUAACAAGUAUUUCUCUAUUGGCAAUCCUGCUGUUACAUGAGUCCAGUUUAAAUAGGUAGUGCUUUGUAUGUGAACAUAUGAGAGAAUUAUAGCCUGUGAAAUACUGUAUGUGGUAUCUAUGUCAAUUUAACUGCUAUUUUGUUUACUGAAGCAAAAGGGAAAUUGAAUGUAAGCUUCAAACUGUAGAACUUCAGUUUUUACUUUUUUAUUGUGAACUUUGGAAGUGCCUUUCACAGAUUUUUCAAACUGUAUUAUUAGUCAGUGUACUAUAUCAAUAUACCAUGCAAUUCUUGUUGACAUUCUUGUUUUUUAAUAAUCCUGUUUUGUUCCGUAUAAUAAACAAGACACAUUCAAAAGGAUUGGCGUGUUUUGCAGCUUUUGAUAAUAAAUAUAUUGCCAGAAUGCACACAUUUUACAUUAUCUGUUGAAUUGUGCUAGAAGGAUGGUGUAUGUAAAAGACAGUGGUCCUUCCCAACAAAAGUUAAUUGCUCUUCCUAUUUGAAACUAGUGGGGUUUAAGUUAGCUGUGAUUAACAAAGUCCACACUUCUUCUGGUUGGAGCUUUUGAUGUGUGAUCACUGAUCGCUGGGAUUUAAAAAUUAUGUCUUCUAAAAUAAAUUAGUCAUAGGACACUGGAAAGCUGCCCAUAGUUUCCUCCAUACCGGAAUUUCUAGGAGAGUAUUAAACGUAUGUAUGCCAACUGUAAUAAAAAUACAUAACUUA